GUUAACCGGUAGCUAACGUGACGUGCACUCUUUGACCCGGAUGUGCUCAAUUAUGUUAACUGUUUGUGUUUAGUGUUUUUUUUUUUUUGUUUGCGUUUUGAUUUGUCGUGCUCCCACUGGCGGGACAGUUACAAUUUUAGAUACAUUUAGCUGAGAUAUCAUUUAAAAAAACCUACUGAACUUAACCCUGUACAUCUUGUAACAGCGCGUCGGCUUCGUUGGCUUCGGAAACGACACGCAACCUUCGGCGGAGCCGUCGUUUACGUCGCAGAUUGAAACCCCCUGUGUGUUGAGUGUCAGACCAAUUGAAGCUCCUCUCCUCGGCCCAAGAUAAGUGCAUUAUUGCUCCUUUUUAACAGCUAAUGUCAUCCACAUUGAUAAGCGGAGCAUGACCAUAUCUCAGACAGGGCGUUUGAAGACAGUAGACUUAGCAGGACAGGUAGCUAACGUCGGUUAACGGUAGACGGACAGGCGGCGGCGGUGGAUUUGCUUGCAGCUGCUACCUUCAGUGUUCCGACACAGUCCAGUUGGAAAGACAGCCGGGGACAGCGAUGCUGCAGCUGGGAGACGAUGUCACCCUGUACUCGGUCGUCUUCGUCGUGGUCCUGUUGGGGACCCGGAGCCCGGUGUGGACAACCGUCCUCACCGCCUCCCUCUACCUCUUUCUGGCCCUGUUCCGGUUCCCCCAAGUACCGGCCAGCCGAGCCCAGCAGGUGCUGCACCCGGCCGUGGGCGCGGCCGGCUCCGGCAAGGUGUCGGUGGUCGCUCACCGGGGCGGUGGGUACGACGCACCGGAGAACACGAUAGCAGCCAUCCGGGAGGCCAGUAAAAAUGGGGCAACGGGCGUGGAGUUGGACGUGGAGUUCUCAGCAGAUGGCAUCCCAAUACUGAUGCACGAUAAGACUGUGGACCAGACCACCAACGGGUCGGGACCACUCAGCCAGUUAACACUUUCUGACCUGCGUAAACUGGAUGCAGCUGCUAAACAUCGACUUAGGGAGAAAUUUGCUGGAGAGAAGAUCCCAACUCUGGAGGAGGCAGUGGAGGAAUGCAUCAAACUUCAGCUCACCAUCUACUUUGAUGUCAAAGGUCAUCCAGAUGAGGCAGCCGCAGCCCUUAAAGAAUUGUAUAAGAAACAUCCAGUCCUCUACAACAGCAGCAUCAUCUGCUCCUUUGAGCCUAAAGUCAUCUACAGGAUGAGACAGAGUGACCCAGAGGUGGUCACAGCAUUGACCCACAGGCCAUGGAGCCUGAGCCGAUUCGGAGACGGUGCCCCGCGUUUCUCAUCACUAUGGCGGCACCAUUGGAUGACACUAAUGGACAUCGUGUUGGACUUGGCGCACCAUCACGUGCUGUGGAAGCUCUGUGGCAUCUCCGCCUUCCUGAUACAAAAGAACUUCGUCUCACCGGAUUAUGUGCAGUACUGGGCCCAGAGAGGGGUGGAUGUGGUAGCCUGGACAGUCAACACCAAAGUGGAGAAAGAUUAUUACCAGGAGCUGCUACAAGUCAACUACAUUACAGACAGCCUGGUGGAAGACUGUGAACCUCAUUACUGACACUCACAUGAACCCGGCAGAAUAUGCUCAAACACAUACUCCAAGAUAAACCACACAUGAAAGGAUCAUUUCACUCCCAAUCACCCAUAUGUGGCAUGAGGUAAGAGAACAUACAGUAUGCCACUCUUUUCCAUGCAUAUUUCCGAUCAAACUGAUCAGUUCGGUAAUACAUGUCUAUAGUAGACCUUAAUCAAAUGUACUGUAUUCACCAACUCAGGACUACAAUGAUUUUUUUUAUUUUUUUUUGCCUUGGUAAUCUACUCUAUCUUACCGGCUCUAUAUACAGUACACAUGUAUACUAUAAUGUCAUGCACUGUCUGUGCUUUUUACUCAGAAAAGGCCAUUAGAAGUAAACUACUUAGAGAUGAUUUUUAUCCCUUAUGAAAAACGAAUACUGGUUUACAACUAAUAUGAAUAAACAUUUUAUAUAUUUGAAAAAUGCAGAUAUGGAACUGAAAUGUAGAAUAGAAUAAGACUGGCAUACAAAUAUUAGGAUUUUGAGCUUGUGUCAUUUUUCUGCGUGGUGCCGAUUUACUGUUGUCGAGUUCUCUCUGCAGCUGAGACCAUACAGUCAUAUAGUCUCACCCUAACUGGAGACUUAAUUCAAGAUACAUGAGACAUAGACAUUAAAAUGAAUUCAUUCGACUCACAAGACUAUGAUUAUUUGGUUCACAGGGUGUUUGUUCAACAAACUGACAUUCCUGUUUGGGACUGUUCAGGAAGAAUACAUUACGGUUUCACCCCUUUCAGGGACGUUACAAGGUGUUUUAUUACAUCCGGGGGGUUUUUCAUGCUUCGUUAAAUAUUACAGGACAUGUUCUUUAUAUUUAGUCAAUGAACUAUGAGUCAACUGAGGUCGAUAUUUUGAGCUUGA